GCGGGUUGUAGGGGGUACACAGACUGGCCGACUUCCUACGGCCUGACAUCUAGUGGGUGAAGAUCCUCCGUAGACAUGCUGUCUAGAUUGGUGCUAGUUUCAGGCUCUGCUCUGAAAAGCAGCGGCGCCCUUGGGGCUGGCCUGCUCCAGGCAUCUCGCUCCCUCCAUGCCUCUCCCCAGAGUCUGGCCCCUGUGCCCCCACUGCCUGAGAAAGGUGGCAAGGUUCGCCAUGGCAUCAUCCCCGAGGAGUUGUUCCAGUUCCUCUACCCCAAGACCGGAGUCACAGGUCCCUACAUGCUGGGCACUGGCCUGCUCCUCUACCUGCUCUCCAAGGAGAUUUAUGUUAUCAACCACGAGACCUUCGCUGCCGCCUCUAUUGGCAUCGUCAUAGUUUACGGCAUCAAGAAGUUUGGACCCAGUGUAGCAGCGUUCGCCGACAAACUAAACGAGGAGAAAGUGGCGAAGGCGCAAGAGGUGAAGGAUCUGGCCAUUUCCGGCCUCACUCAGGCCAUCGAGCAGGAGAAUAAGGAGCAGUGGAGGGCAGAGGGACGGCAGAUGCUUUUUGAUGCCAAGAGGAACAACGUGGUUAUGUUGCUGGAGACCAAUCACAGGGAACGCUUGCACAUGGUGACCAAUGAGGUGAAGAAAAGGCUGGACUACCAGAUCGACCUUCAGAAUCUCCAUCGCCGCAUGGAACAGGAACACAUGGUGGACUGGGUUGAGAAGAACGUCAUAAAAAGCAUCACCCCACAGCAGGAGAAGGAGAGCAUCGCCAAAUGCAUCACAGACCUGAAAAUGUUGGCGAAAGCAACUCAAGCCAAGGCCACUGCCUGACAGCCUACAGUCUUUAGGAGGACCUGCCCACCACCCUGCCCCCUCCCUCUCUGUGCACA